AUGGGUUCCGGAAAGGAAGAUCCUGUACGACAGACUUGCUACAAUCUCUCCAGAGCUGGACCCGAGCUCUCGACGACAGGCACGCGGUCCACAUCAACUUCCAGAAGGCGUUCGACACUGUGCCACACCAGAGGCUCUUACAGUGACAACUUCCUUAAACGGAUUGAAAACUUCCUUUUGGGUCGACAUCAGGUUGUCUGCAUCAGUCGGGGAAAAUCAGACCCUGCUAUGGUCGAGAAUGGUGUCCCCCAGGGUUCAGUACUGGGACCCAUUUUGUUCCUUAUCUACGUGGACGAUGCUGCAAGAGAAUUAGACUGGGAAGUAUCAAUGUUUGCCGAUGACACGAAGAUAUGGAGUGUAAUUCGGGGUCCUGCCGACGAAGACAGGCUGCAGAUGAACUUGAAUCGGUUGGAGGAGUGGUCAAACCGUUGGCUCCUGCGUUUCGACGUUAAGAAAUGGGGCAUACUUCGCCUAGACAACAUAACUAGAUCCGCCAGCACAAGAGACUACUUUUUGGGCGCUGCAGCCUUAAAAGAAUUCGAAGCCCAAAAGGACCUCGCUGUACUGAUGACGAUUUCCCUAAAGUCACCCGCCCAUUGUUCGAGAAUGUCAAAAAGCGCAAUUUCCGUACUGUACGCCAUCGAGCGUGCGUUGAUGGACUUUGACGAAGAUGCUUUCUCACAGACAUUCGGAACAUUCGUCCGGGCGCAUUUAGAGUACGGCAUACAAGCCUGGAGACCGUGGGCGGUUGAGGAUCAAAGUUGUCUCGAAAGAGUUCAGAGGAGAGCCACGAAGAUGGUUAGGGGUCAAAGCUCCUUCCUCUAUGCAACUCGCCUAGUAAAUCUGAACCUCUUUCCCUUGAGUUACAGGCAACUUCGCUGGAAUUCCUUGUGAGCCUUCCGCAUUGUAAAGGGGUUGGAUUGCAGUCUGGCCUUCGAGGACUUUUUUAAAUUUGCUGCCACGACCAACCUCCGUGGUCACCCGUUUACACUGCGCACUCAGCGGGCAAGGCUGGAUGUGCAGAAGUUCUCCUUCUCUGUUCGGGUGGUCAAACCAUGGAAUGCCCUCCCCGCUGCUGUUGUGAUAUCACCAUCUAAACGAAGUUUUAAAAAGAAUCUUGACAUAUUCAUGUUCUGUUAUGGCUAAUAUCCGAACUCAUCGCCUGUAAAUCACUCCCAUUUUGUCCUACCAUUAUGGGCCCGUUCGAACAAUUGCAGCCCAGCAAAUUUUUCUCUACACUACACAUUUGACCUUGAAAAUAGGGUACUCAAAGGCUUACGCCUAUUUCCCUUAAUAAACUGAACUGAUCUGUCACCCCAAAAUUCUAUAUAGCUAUAUACGGUCUGUUAAAAGAAUUCAGGAACUGAUCCCUCCCCUUAUGUCUUCAGACGGGAAACUGGAAACUGACGGCCAGGUCACAGCGUCCAUCGUUUAUAAUUUCUUUGAGUCCGAAAAUUCUAUAUGGUUAUAUACGAUGUACUAAAAGGACUCAGGAGCUCAUCCCUGCCCUCAGGUCUGUAGAUCGAAAAGUGGAGAUUGAUGACCAGGUUAAAGCGUCCCUCCUUUUCGACUUCUUUCAGUCCGUCUUCACCCGAGAACCUAGUUCUAUAUUUGCCCAUCCAUCCAUUCGCCAACCAACCUCUCCUCCCAGUACCCUUUCCCCUCCUACCCUCCUUAACCGAGGCACCACUCUUUUCAUCUACCAUAGUUAG